AUAAAAAAUAAAUACCUGUAUAUGCGCAAACAGAAUUUGUAUCAGAUACAGAAAAAUUAUCUAGAAGCCGCCAUUGUUGUCUUUCCGAACCUACACCCAAACCAAACUCCAUCGCUUUCACGCUUUUUUGGCGCUGCUUUUGAAUUUUCAGCAACAAUCUUUGUUUCUUCUUAUUAUUGUAAUAGCGCCGCUUCGUUAUUCUUUGACAGAUCUGUUCAUUAUAUGUACUUGCAUUGGUUUUCGUCCCGACGAACUGCCGAAUUAUUGAUUCAAUUUCAUCGAUGAGCCUUUGGUGUGGAAACAUGUGCCCAUUUUUAGGGUUUAGGUUCCUCACGAGUUUCUGAGGAAUUCGUGGAAAAAUAGUUUGUUCCCUGCUUGACAGCAAAUUUACUAGUCUAGUGGAAGCGCGGUUUGAAUUGUAUAUUUGAGGUUUUCGUACAAGACUGUUCUUGGGGUGUGUGAUUCCUACCGUCGGCCGCAAAUGGCGCCGUUAUUCUACAUACUGAUAGCAUUGCCUUGUACGGUUGGGGCAAUGACGUUGGCAAUUCUCCAUAUUUACAAACAUCUGUUGAACUAUACCGAGCCCAUAUUUCAGAGAUACAUAGUCCGCAUUAUCUUUAUGGUUCCUGUUUAUGCAUUGAUGUCAUUCUUGUCCCUGGUUCUAAAUAAAAGUUCAAUUUACUUCAACUCAUUCAGAGAAGUAUAUGAAGCUUGGGUCAUUUAUAAUUUCCUAUCACUAUGCUUAGCAUGGGUAGGUGGUCCAGGAGCUGUUGUGAUAAGUCUGUCCGGCAAAGUUCUGAAGCCAAAAUGGUCUUUAAUGACGUGUUGCUUACCUCCUACUCCACUGGAUGGGCGUUUUAUACGAAGAUGCAAACAAGGGGGUCUGCAAUUUGUGAUACUCAAGCCUAUUCUAGUCAUAGUUACUUUUAUACUGUACGCAAAAGGGAAAUAUGAAGACGGGAAUUUCAGUCCAAUGCAAUCCUAUCUCUACCUUACCAUUAUCUAUACAAUCUCGUACUCUGUGGCUCUUUAUGCCUUAGUCUUAUUUUAUGUGGCUUGCAAAGAUUUGCUUCAGCCGUUCAAUCCAGUGCCCAAGUUUAUCAUAAUCAAAUCCGUAGUAUUUCUCACUUACUGGCAGGGUGUUUUGGUGUUUCUUGCGGCUAAAUCUGGACUAAUAAGAGAUACAAAGGAAGCUGCAGAAGUUCAAAAUUUUAUUAUUUGCGUCGAGAUGCUUAUCGCUGCUGUUGGUCAUUUAUAUGCUUUUCCCUACAAAGAGUAUGCCGGUGCAAAUAUUGGAGGUGAUAGCAGCUUUACUGCAAGCCUUGCACACGCUCUGAAAUUAAACGACUUUUACCACGAUACAGUUCACCAGUUUGCACCGACGUAUCAUGACUAUGUGCUCUACAACCAUAACGAAGGCGAAGAUGGAGCUAGAAAAUACAGGGCCCGUACUUUUGUGCCAACCGGCCCGGAAAUGGAUACGGUGAGAAGAAAUAAACACAUGUUUGCGAACAAGGCGGACGAGAUACAAUUAUCCAGUAGCAACCCUCAAAAUUCAAGUGAGACUGUGAAAUUGGAGGCACCAAACUCGUCUUUGCUUAGAGGGGAUGCAUCGAAUUCGGGUUCUGCGGUUUAUGACCUUUCCCUCAUCGACAUUGACAUUUCUAAUUACCCGACUAAAGUACCUGCUGCUAUUGAACCUGGCAAAAGAUGACAACAUUUUAAGGUACUUAGAAAAAAAAUCCCACCUUUUUUCUUUAUCGAUACUAGGCUGUUCUAAUCUGUUACGAGAGGUGCUGGGACUAGGAUUUGUACAUUUAGAUAACACUUGUUUUGGCAUUUUCUAAUAGUCACAAGGGUCAAGUUUAAACGUAAUAUUGUUACUUGCCGGUUGGUUGUAUUGUAGAAGCGAACUAUGUUAUCGGUCGGGCUUAUCUCAGUAUUAUAAUUCAGGUCGUUAUAGUACAUGGAAUGGAAUUCGGGUUUGAUUUGUAUUAUUGUAUCUUGCUAACUCGAUUGUUGGUUGUGUUUAUUACGGAACUUUGUGUUGCUUGUUAC